UCUCUGGAUUAUUUUGACAAGGAGACCCCCAUAGAGGCUCAGUCCAAUGAGUGUGCAGUUUUGGUGUAACCCCUCCCAGCCAUUUGGAGCUGUACAGCUUGAUGGAAGGGGUGUAUGUGUGUGUGUGUGAGACUGGGACAGAUUCCAAAAUCUGAAAGUAGAAGGGCAUUCCGUGAGAGCUUAGCCCCAUCCUACUCCUGCCUUCUAUAAAGGAGCAGAGGCUGAGAAGAGUCCUGCUUGGGACUUGGAACGCGCUAAGCGCUUUUACGCUCCAGAAGCGCCAGGGAACAGCUGUUUGGAGCUUCCAGGAGCGUCGUCUGCGGCACCAUUGAAAGUGGAGAAGAUUGUGUUGGAAGCCACAGAAGCAAUGGAUAUCUUUAUUAUCGAGGACGACUAUAAUGAGACCACAAACCUGUCUUUAUUGGAUUACCCUUAUAACUUUACUGAGGUUGACGAGGUUCUCAUUGGCAAUGAAAAUUCCAAACUGUUCAUCCUUUACCUGGUUGUCUGUGCUCUGGGACUGAUCGGAAACUCUCUGAUCAUCUAUGUGGUCCUGCGGUACAGACAGAUGAGGACAACGUCCAACAUCUACGUGUUCAAUUUGGCUUUAGGGGACCUGUUCUACAUGCUCUGCUUGCUCUUGUUUGCGCUGGAAAUUGCUUACACUGGCUGGCCGUUGGGGGUACAUAUGUGCAAGGUAUUCUGGGCAGUGUCCACCACGGUUGCUUUCUCCAGCAUAUAUUUCUUGACCACCAUGUCUGUCUGCAUCUGUAUCCAAGUGCAUUUUCCUAUCUUCUACAGCAAGAGGUUGGGACCUAAGGCAGCCGUAGGGAUCAGUAUCUGCGUUUGGCUGAUCUGUUUACUGCUUGGAAUUCCUAUAUAUAUCUUUUCUGGUUUAAAUAUCACUGAAAGCUGCAAAAUUAAUUGGCCUGACUCCUUUUCAUCGAUUACCUUUACGGCAUACCAGUUAGUCCUGGCCUUUGGGGUACCACUAAUAAUAAUUUGCAUCUGCCUGAUCCUAACGGUUUUUACUACGAGGUGCUCUGCCCACAAAGGUGUAGACAAGACCAAUAUCAUUUUUCUUGCUCUUCUCACUCUUGUAUUCGUCAUCAUCUGGCUCCCGAUAUACGUUCUGGAGAUGAUGGCUGUGACAACCAAUCUGAUGGUAUUCAGCGAGGAGGUCUACUACAUCAUUAGUCUCCUACCUUAUCUGAAGUGCUGCAUCUACCCAAUCAUGUAUGGAACUUUAUCCACAAGCUUCAGAGAGAUCUUUAGGAGCAUGUUCUGCUGCAAAUAAUUCAAAGUCAUUAAAAAAAAAAAUUCAGACCAAGAAGUCUGUGGAUAAACAAGACCACUUUUUAUUAUCUUUGAAUGAAGAUUGAGAUCUGGAGAGUCCUUCUAAAAUCACAUUGAAGACAAUUAGAAUGAACUGUUCAUGGUCCCAACAAUGUGAUCUGAACAUCACAGUGAAGCUUGCCAUAGAAUAUUAAAUAUAUUUGUAGUUCUCAGACAUGUAGAUAUAAUAUAUUUUAACCCACAUAUUCAAGGAAAACUAUAAUCCAAGUAUUUUUAACCCCUACUUGAGUGCCACAGUGGGAAAUUAGGAUCAGAUUCUGAUGGACUUUAGCUAAGGAGAAUUCCCAGCAAAUCUUUCUUAUUCUCACAAUAAACCUAAAACAUUUUGCACUAUCUAGGUAUACAUUUUGUGACAUUAGGUAUUGACCUAGGAGGCCCAGUCUGGCACUGCAUUUAGCUCCCUAGGACAAUGGAUCCUCCAAGAUCCCCCAGGGAAACUUGGAGCAGGAGCAGUGGGGCUCAACCUGAAACCAGUUAGAUACUCUCCUGUGGCCAGCUAUUAUGUUUGCAGUAAUCUAAAGGACAGUUGUAUCAAUCAACCUGAUGUAGAUGCAAUUAAGUCCAUCUUUAACUUCCUUUAGUUGAUCUUUAGCUGUUUGUAAAGUCAAUUGUAUUGCAGUUGACUUUUCUUAAAGAUACAGUACUUGGCAUAAGUGGCCCAUAGAACUUGAAAAUAAUGAUAUAAGUACAAUGGAUGAUUAGCACCAUGCCACACCUCCUAAAUUUUAGGCCACACCUCAGAUGUUCCUUCAAAACUUUCUGCUAAAGCCUCCCCCCAAGAUCAAACAAUAUUGGGGCUGUCACACCUAUAUAGUGAUAUCUGUAUACUUUGUGACAUCCCAUCUUGAUAGAGCCAAAUCAUGUUCCCAGCCUGCUCUGAAACAACAUGGGAGGUUUUAUACAUUACUCUGUAUGGUGCUGGUCCCUGCAGCAUUGUCUUUUACUGAGGACCUAUUUUAUGCUGUGGACUUCAACCUGACUUGGACUGUCUUCCUUCCACUGUCUUCUACUGAAGUAGGGAAUAGGAUUGUAACUAUGGUUCCUCACCUGGAGCUCAGUUAAUAUAUGCCGCUGUGUCAGUCUGGGCAAUGACAGCUAAGGCACAGCCAUGGGCCCAUCCAGGAUGGAGCUGAAACAAGCCUGAAGGACAUUUGUCAUCGAUGAAAUAACUGUGCAGGGUUAUUGUCCUAACAUAAUGUCAGUAUUCACUCUUUUUACACAUUUGCAUAUGCUCUUGUUAUUAUCAACUAUUAUGUCUUAUAUUGUAAUACAUUUAUUUUUUUACAUGACACAAAAA